GCGUUACGCAUCGCACUUGCUGCAAGAGCCAUGAGUUGAGUCAAAUCAACAAAUAAAAAAUGCCAUUAACAUAGUUGAGAAAAGUAACAAUCAGUUGGCCUUCUAUUCAACUUUUGUAUUCCGUGCUUAGUGAGUAAUUGAUGCAAUUUUUGAUUGUGUUGAAUUUACAAAUCAUCACUAAUUGUCACUACGUGAGAAAAUAACGUUGUGCAUUUAUUUCUAACAAGACAGUGGAACAUUUAAUACGCUAUAUAAGCAAAUUAACUCCUGGCAGAUCAAAAUGUCUACUACAUCGCAGAAACAUAGAAACUUUGUGGCAGAACCAAUGGGGGAUAAACCAGUGACUGAACUUGCUGGUGUUGGAGAGGUUUUAGGAAAAAGAUUAGAAGCUGCUGGUUUUGACAAAGCAUAUGUAGUACUAGGACAAUACUUAGUACUAAAGAAAAAUAAGGAACUAUUUCAAGAAUGGAUGAAGGAUGCAUGUUCAGCAAAUGCAAAACAGUCCACAGAUUGUUAUCAAUGUUUAACCGAUUGGUGUGAGGAAUUUUUGUAAAAUGAUUAUGAGGAAUCUAAUUAUGGAUAUCCUUUUAGGGAGUAUAAAAUAUUAGCCGUAAAGUUUUAUAACAUUUACAAGAUAUAAAAUAUAUUUCAGUACCAAAAAAAAAAAAUCGCAUAUUUUAAAUAUAUCUUAUAUAAGUAAAGCAAAAAUGUAAAGUUUAUUUUUGCAAGCUUAUAUAUACAUAUAUGAGUCUGCAUACGUGUUCACAAAAUCUAUCAGUAUUUGUUUUGUGAUAUUGCAAAAAAGAUUAAGGUUUAAUUUCUUUAUAAAAUUUAUCAUAAUAAUAGACACUCGUUUUUAAUUGUAUUCGUAUCAUUAUUAUCAGAAUUUCAACAUUUUCAAUGUGUGUAUUUAAUGUAUCAACCAAUAAGUCGCAAAAUUCGCAAAUUUUUAUAUGGAUAAACAUUCUAAAAACAUUGUUACAUUUUAAUCAGUACAAAAGUUUUCAGAAAGGAAAGUGCAGUUUUAAAUAUAAGAACGUGGGUGUUGAGCCUAGAAGUGUAAAUGUAACAUUUAUGUAGACAUAGAACAAAAUAAAAACAAGCGCACUUUAUUCUUCACUUAA